AUGGGAAACGCACAUGAUAAGGUAAAUAUAACUGGGAAAGGCACUUUAAAAGGAGGUACAGAAGGAACUAGUUUUCAAGAAAACAAUGCUGAGACCACAAAAGAGAAAAAUAAUAAUAAAGAUAAUGAGGAGAAGAUAAAAGUAGAUGAUAAUAAUAAAGAGAAAUUAGUAAAAGAAAAAGGAGAAAAAAAUGAGGGGAAAAAGGGGAGAAAGUCAAUUGAACAGAUGGAUCCAAUGAAUGAUGAUAAUGUAUCUGAAAAAUGGAAAAAGGACAAAGAUAACAAUAUAGCCAGGUUUGAAAUGUCUCUUAAAGAUAAGCUUAGUUUAAAAAAAAGGUGCAAGUUAAAUAUUCCUCCAUGCUCAAGAGUCCCGGAACCUAUUUAUGAUAUUAAGUUACUAAUUAAUGAUAAGUAUGAUGGUCCAUUUAAAUUAGAAAUGAAAGUAAACCCAUGUGAGAUACAUAUCAAAGGGUUUGAAGGAAUAAUACUUAAGAAUAUUAAGAAGAGAGAUAUUAUUUUUGUACAGACAAUUAAGAAUGAAUUAAUUAGGAUGUUUAUUAAGUGUUCAGAAGAUAGUACUGAUAAUUCAGUAAAUGAAGAUAAUUUGGAUGAUUCAAUAUUAUAUACAUCACAGUAUUCUGGCGAAAUUAUGCAGAUAAUAUGCAAGUUUGUAAAUUCACAAGACUGUGAUUCAUUUGAAUUUUUUUUUUCGUUUAUUUAUGGACUAAUAGUUCACACUGAUAAAGUAAAGAUCCCUGUUUCAGAUUAUAUAGACUUUGGAGAAUAUGUUAUAGGCUCAAGUAAACAUAUAUUAAAGAGAUUGGAUGAGUAUAAGAACUUUAAUGAUAGGAUUUGUGAUGACAAUACGAGUAGUGACGAAGAAAAUGAAGAUUUAUUUGAUUCUUAUGAAAAUAAGAUGAUAGCUCAAGAAAGAGAAUUUUUCUCAAGAAAAAAUUUGGAGCUAAUAUAUAAACCAGAUUCACUUUUUGGAUUAGAAGCUUCUAAAAUUUCAGGUAGUAACAAUAGUAUAGAAGAAGACGACGAGAAAAUAAUAGAGAAAAAAGAAAAAUAUUCAAAGUUUUUCCCGGUAUCAAUAAUAGGAGAAGCAGAAUCUGGUGGAAUUAUCACAUUCAAAGAUAUAUCUGCAAUUGGAUUAAAAUAUGUACCAGAAGUUAUAGAGUGGAGAAUAUCGAAGAAUAUUGGUGGGAGUAAAGCAGAUUACUAUGAAGUGCCAGUAUCAGUUAGCAAAUCAUUUCGGGUUAAUGAAGAACAUGUUGGAAGAUAUAUACAAGCAAAAGUAUUUAGGCAUAUUGGACAGGAUUUAGCAGAUACAUGUAUAUUUUCAGAGGCUCAAAGUAAUAUAAUAAUUCCAGGAGAUAAUUUUUUAAUUAAUAUAGCAGACUUGUUGAUACAUGGAAAAAGUUAUAGAGUAGAUAUAUCAACAUAUGAUGCAUUAUUGCUGCUUUCAGUACAAAAUCCAACAUAUUAUAUACAAUUAAUGAGACAGAAUAAUUACUAUGACAACUAUGCAUUUAAUCCAAUGGUGUCUUGUAUAUUAGAUAUCAAACAUUCAAAUAUUAAAUUAUUACUACCAACUCCAUCAAUAUUACAAUGUUAUUAUCAGAAUUCAAAAAUGAUUCCAUUAUGUUUUGGUUAUAAUGAGUUCAUUAUGACAAAAAAAAGUGAUUGGUUUGGAUAUAAUGAAUAUCCUCCUAUAUAUGAAUGUAUAAUGAAGCAAGGAGAAUUACUUGGUAAAGUUUCAUUGGUAUUAUCACUAUUGGAAAAUCAAAGAAAAGAUAUAUCAUUAUAUUUUCCAACAGAAAAAGAUAAGUAUAUCGUAUAUUUUUCAAUAUUAUUUAGACAAUUAUCACCAAAUUUUAGUUUGGAAGAGAUUGGUAAAGAAUGCAAAAGUAGGAAAUUUGUAACUUUUAAAAAACAAUUUAUAUAUGGCCUUAAAAGAGUUAAUUGGAAAUCCAGAAUUUUACUGUUGACAGCGAAACAAGCAGGUACCUACAUUAAAGAAUUAGGUAAAAUAGCAAAAUAUGAUCCAAAUAUGAAUUCAUUUGAAUAG